AUGAUCAACAAAUUUCGCCAUGGCAUCAGUUUUUCCAGAACAAGACGAGAGAGCGAUGUGCUCAUGGAGCAUUAUUCAAGGGAUGAGAUAGCAGAUAUGUAUAUCUCUGAUGAUCUGACCACCCUUUACUUCUACCUCUAUCUUCCUGUUAUCUAUGGUUUAGGGGUUUUGGUUCCUUUUACUUCUUUUGUAAUGGAUAUUUUGACCGCUGUUAAUGUAACCCCUUCUCAGGUUACUCCAAAUAUUUGGGUUAUACUUAGGGCCUUUCAGAUAGUCUGCCUUCACUUGGGGGUGUCGCCUUCCUUUCACCAGGGUAUGCGUUUAAAGCCCAUCGCUAGUCCUUAUGAAGAUUGGAAGGACAAAUUUGCACAGAUAAGAGGGAUACACAAUCUCAUUAUGGUGGGGAGCGAAGGCGAGCCCAUAUUCCCUUUUUCUUGGACCCCUGAUCCUAAAUUCAUUGUGAGGCUAUACUCAUGUGUCCUCCUGACCUUGGAUCGUGAAGUAAUUUAUGUUUUAGAGUGCUUCUGCCCCUUGGAGUGUAGUACCCUUAUCACUCGAGAACGUGAAGACAACAAUAGAGUGGAGGAGUGCAUAUGCGGUAUGAUGGUAGUGCCUUUUGAUGAGAAAUGGGAGUGUUUGGUAAAGAACCAAUCAGUUGAGCAACGAGAUAUACGAUCUUUAUCUCGCAUCACCUCUGACGAUCAAAGGAUGUCGCAAUGGAACCCAAGAGAAGGUAUUGGGGAUGAGAGGCUGGUGGACACUCAACCUCCCCAUGAACUCUCUUUAUGGAACAACUCUUCAUCUGAUGUCGUGGCUUUUGUCGAUCAUUUCUUCUUCUUCCCUAGGAACUUCUCAAGUGAUUAUCAUAUGCUUUCUACCAUAUCUCUCACUCAACUAUCGACUUUGUUGGAGGUCCAGUCGGUGAGAUACUUUUUGGUUGGAAAAACAUUAAGGGAGAAGCGUUCUGACACCCUAAGGAGAAUGCAGUCUAGGUGA